UGGCCGCUGGGCGGCAGGCGACGUCGACUGGUUGUCUGCAGGCAAAGAUGGCGGUGCGGAAGAAAGACGGCGGCCCGAAUGUAAAAUAUUUCGAAGCGUCUGAUACCGUUUCUCAGUUUGAUAAUGUCCGCGUCUGGCUGGGAAAGAAUUACAAAAAGUACAUCCAGGCCGAGCCCCCCACCAACAAGUCUCUGUCCAGCCUGGUGGUCCAGCUGCUCCAGUUCCAGGAGGAGGUGUUCGGACGACAUGUCAGCAACCCUCCGCUCACCAAACUGCCGAUGAAGUGUUUCCUGGACUUCAAGUCAGGGGGGGCUCUGUGCCACAUCCUGGCUGCUGCCUACAAGUUCAAGAGUGACCAAGGAUGGCGCAGGUUUGACUUCCAGAAUCCGUCGAGGAUGGACCGAAAUGUGGAGAUGUUCAUGACCAUUGAGAAGUCCCUUGUGCAGAACAACUGCCUGACUCGACCCGUCAUCUACCUGAGCCCUGACAUAGAACCAAAACUGCUCGGGAAACUGAAAGACAUAAUCAAAAGACAUCAGGGCUCAGUGACUGAGGACAAGGCCUCCAGUUCCCAUGUUGUGGUUCCUAUUCCUGCCAGUCUGGAGGAAGAGGAGUGGGUGCGUCCCGUGAUGAAGAGAGACAAGCAAGUGUUGCUCCACUGGGGAUAUUUUCCUGACAGUUAUGACACCUGGAUCCCAGCCAGCGAGAUUGAGGCUGCUGUGGAGGACCCUCCCAGCCCAGAAAAGCCCAGGAAGGUCCAUGCCAAAUGGAUUUUAGACCUGGACCAGUACAAUGAGUGGAUGAACGAGGAGGACUACGAAGUGGGAGAGGGCUGCCCCAAGAGGAAGAGGAUCUCAGCCAAGACCCUGACAGAUGAGGUGACCACACCUGACGAGCGGAGGGACAAGAAACCCGGCAGUGCCAAGAAGAGGAAGCGCUCGCCGUCGCCCUCCCCCACCCCUCCACCUCAGGAGAGCAAGAAGAAGAACACCAAGAAAGGGCCAACGACCCCAUACACCAAGUCUAAACGGGGCCAGAGGGAGGAGGAGCAGGAGGAUCUUAGUAAGGACUUAGAUGAAGCGUCACCUGUUCCAGCAUCUGAAGAGGGAAACCCAGCCAAGACAAAUAACACCAAGAAGGACUCUGAUUCAACUCCAGUCAAGGGAGGAACAGAUAUGGAUGAGCAAGAGGAUGAGUCCAUGGAAACAACAGGCAAGGAGGAAGAGGAAGGCUCUCCGAGUGUGAAGGGUGAACCGGUGAAAGGCUCAGACCUUCACGAGGACAAUGUGACAGAGCAAACGCACCACAUCAUCAUACCAAGCUACGCUGCCUGGUUUGACUACAACAGUGUUCAUGCCAUUGAGCGCAGAGCUCUGCCAGAGUUUUUCAACGGAAAGAACAAAUCCAAAACCCCUGAGAUUUACCUGGCAUACAGGAACUUCAUGAUUGACACCUACCGACUGAACCCUCAGGAGUACCUGACCUCCACCGCCUGCCGCAGGAACCUAGCAGGAGAUGUGUGUGCAAUCAUGAGAGUCCAUGCCUUCCUAGAGCAGUGGGGCCUGAUCAACUACCAGGUGGACUCUGAGAGCCGGCCCACACCCAUGGGUCCUCCGCCCACCUCUCACUUCCAUGUCCUGGCAGACACUCCAUCCAGUCUGGUGCCCCUGCAGCCCAAGUCGUCCCAGACCCCUGCCACCCAGCAGAUGAUGUCAUUCCCAGAUAAAGUGAAGGAUAAACCUGCAGAUCUGCAAAACUUUGGGCUGCGGACUGACAUGUAUAGCAAGAAAACUGGCUCUGCGAAGAGCAAGAGUGCUGCAAGUUCCAUGAGGGAGUGGACCGAGCAAGAGACACUACUACUACUUGAGGGCUUGGAGAUGUACAAGGAUGACUGGAACAAAGUGUCAGAACACGUGGGAAGCCGCACACAGGAUGAGUGUAUCCUGCACUUCCUGCGGCUGCCCAUUGAAGACCCCUACUUGGAGGACAGUUCCUCGUCCCUGGGACCGCUCGCCUACCAGCCGAUACCUUUCAGCCAAGCAGGAAACCCUGUCAUGAGCACAGUGGCCUUCCUCGCCUCUGUAGUCGACCCACGUGUGGCCUCAGCUGCAGCCAAAUCUGCUCUGGAGGAGUUUUCUCGUAUGAAGGAGGAGGUUCCUGCAGCUCUGGUUGAAGCUCACGUGCGGCGGGUGGAGGAGGCAGCGAGGGUCAGCGGCCGCCAGGACCCUUUGUACGGCCUGGAGGGUAGUGGCAUUGCAGGAACUGGACUGGAGGAGGGAGACAGACCUGAGGAAAAUGCUGAUGAAAGCAAGAGUGACAGCCAAUCAAGUGAAGAGAAGAGAGAGGCCAAGGACAGCAAAGAUGGAGCGAUCGAGGAGGAGGAAAAGCAGGCAGAGAAUGGGAAGAAGGAAGAGGAGCGGGGAAGAGAACCUGAAGGAGAGAGGGAGGCGGACAAAACUGAGUCAGAGAUGGGUGAUGGAGAGAAGGAGAAGGAGGGAAAAGAGGGAACAGAGGAAGGACAGAGAGAAGGAGAGAGCGAGGGAGAGAGGAAGGCCAAGGUGGAGCGAGAUGUUGGAGAGGGGAACCUGGCCACUGCUGCUGCGUCUGCACUCGCCGCUGCUGCUGUCAAAGCCAAGCACCUGGCUGCAGUGGAGGAGAGGAAGAUCAAAUCUCUUGUGGCUCUGCUGGUGGAAACCCAAAUGAAGAAGCUGGAGAUUAAACUGCGACACUUUGAAGAACUGGAAACCAUCAUGGACAGAGAGAGGGAGGCUUUGGAGUACCAGCGACAGCAACUGCUGGCCGACCGUCAGUCUUUCCACAUGGAGCAGUUGAAGUACGCUGAGAUGAGAGCUCGCCAGCAGCAUUUCCAGCAGAUUCAGCACCAGCAGCACAGCCAGGCCGGGGGCCCUCAUUCCAACCAGGCUGCCUCGGCCCCGCCACCCCAGGGCCUGGCAGGGACCCAGCAAGCUCCCAGCACACCAGCACCGCAGCCGGCCGCCAGCCCUGCUCCUCCAGCCUCCUCCACCCCGGCUCCUGAGUCCCAACCACCUCAGGGCCCUCACACCUCGCCCCCCUGCCCCCCGAGCCAGGCCCCGGCGACCCACUCCAGCUCCAGCACUACACCUGUUCUUCAUGAGCCCAACGCUCCUCUCUCUGGGGAGGCACUCCACCCCGCAGCUCCAGUCCCUCCUCCACAGUGAGAGGUCAAUAAAUUGCCUGAGAAUCCGAUUGACUCUGACCACUUUGACUCCUGCCUGUAUCAUCUGAAAUGAAGAAAUCAUAAACUGAAGGAAGAGAACACAUUUUACAUUUUCAGCUUUUUUUUUGUUUGUUUGUUUAUUUGUUUCCAACUGGACAAUUGAUGUGAGAAGGAAAAAUGGUAACGUCUUAAUUAAGCCACCUCUGCUUUGACCGAUGAGUUGAAAAAGAAAAAAACAAAAGUCCUUUUCAAAUUGAAUCGGCCGGUGAAGAAAAUAGAUUUUUCGUUCAGAAACUGUUCAUCCCGUGAGGUCGUUCAGACAGCAACAUCUCACUUCAUUAUUUUAAGCUUAAUACCAGAGAUCUGGUAAACUGAGAGGGUCUUACCAACAUGCUGGCACUCAAGGAAAAGAAGAGAAAAGACUCAUCUUGUGUUUUCAGUGUUUUGGAAAUUGUGAAGUCUCAUGCUUCAUAAUCUCUCCAGAGCCCCCCCCCCCCGUACUGUAGGUACUAAUUCAAGUAUAUGUAAGAAGAAAAUGCACUUUUAAAAUGUUUCCCUAGGUCUCGUUGAAAGACUUGAAGCAUCCACGAAAUUGAACUUUAGCACUUCUAUUGUCCUUCUGUUGUCUUAAAUACUUUUUCAUACAGAAGGUUUUGGAAACUUGAUUGGGAAUAUUACUUUUUUUCUGCUUUCUAUUUUUCAUUUGUAUUACAUGGACAAUGGUCACUCUACAGGGUCUGGCCUGGAGGUCACAUGUCUAAAAAAAAAAAAACAAACAAUGUCUCUCACCAGAGAAAAGUCUGUAAUGAAUGAAAAAUGUUCAAAUCAAAAGCCAGUUUGAAAUUAUGUUUUGUCUGGAUGCAGUUGGAGAAUAUGUACUGUAAACUGGAUUUUCUGUUACAAACACACCAUUUGUUGCCCUGUAAUGACAAAUAGGGAACUAUUUGAAAGUACUGACAGUGUGAGGCCCUGAAAAGACCUCGUUUUUUAGUUAUCUUAACAAUGUCCCUUAAUGUCCACAGCACUUAUUAAUGUGUAAGUGAGGCACUUCAGUGUUGCAAAUUUGGAUAAACUCAAAGCAUCAAGGUCGUUGUUUUGCGAGGAAUGUAGUUUUAUUCAGAAGAAAUGACUGAAGAAGACGGUCUGGGAAUAAUAAUUUCUAUCAGCGACCAUAAAUGUGUUUAUUCAUAAUUUGACUUUGUGUUAAUUGCUAAACCAAAAUGUUUUUUAUAAUCAUGUUUAUCUCACAUUUAUUCAGUGAGUUUUAUUGUGGUUGCUCGGGGAAAAUGAAGAGGAGUGUUUUUUUUAGCAGCUUGUUUUUUCGCUGGUGCAUUUCAAGUUACAGAUGGAAGUGGAAAUGUCAAUGCUGUCAAAAACAAGGGAGCUCGCACCUUAAACGGCUGACAAUGGAGAAUCGUGUCCUUAAUAUCUGCAACAGUAUCCUCACUUUUUAUCCUAUCAAUUUUUAUAUUUUUUACUGUCCGUUUUUCCAUCUUUUUCCUUUGAUAUGUCAACAUUGUACCUGUAUAUUAUUACCUUUGUAGCCUAUAUUUACCCUCUCCACCGUUGUGUAUGAAUUCAGACAGGUCUGUCAGGAUCUGUCUGAGACGUGACUGUGAGCAUGUGUGUAUGUGAACGCAUGCCAUUAAGAUCUGUAAACCAUAUUACCGCUCAGUUUUAUUUUCAGUGCCAUUUGUUGUGUGUCACCAAGUUUGAAGAAUUUAAAAGAAAAAAAAACAUGCUUCAUUCUGCACACAGCACAUCACGUCAGUGUCAUGAAAUAUAAUCCAGUCAGAUGGUGAAACUUUAUAGUUAAUGUCCGUCAAGCCAGUAUUGCAGUCCUCACCACAGCUGUGAGCAUAAAUGGACUUCUUUUAUCUGUGUUAUUACUACAUUGUGUGGAUUUUGUGAUAUGAAAUAAGUGUCCGUUCAGUUUCUGUAUGUUUUUCACUAUGCUGAAAGUAGCAGCAAUUGCAUUGAUUAUUAUAUGGUAGAAAUGAAUUUUUUCCUCAGUAAAUCAUCACGUUAGUGCUGGCAGUUACUCUGGCAGUUUGUAUGGGAAAAAAGAGGCAAAAUAAAAGCGGUUCAGGUUUUAAUUACAAAAUGUUGGGGAAAAAAAUAAAGAUGUGAAGAGGA